AUGUCGAGGUCAUACCAAGGGCGUGUGGCUGCUGCAACUGUGAUGAAGAAUACAAAACGGCCAAUGUAUAAAUUACAUAAAACUCUAUUGCAGCAUAGUCCUGGGAAAAAAUGGCCAUCAUCGAAGUUGGAAAUACAACGCGAAAGAAAACAUAUACGUCAAAACGAACUGAGAAGCAAAACGUACAGAACUAAAUUGAAGUUCCAAAGCAACAACGUUGAUCCGUCGUACGAUGAAAAGUCACAAAAACCGGAUAUGACCUCUGAGCAAUUUGAUGAUGAAAAAAAAAAUAUUUUUCAUUUGUUAAAAGAAAUGGCAGCUAACCGCGAUGUCAUUGAAAAAGAAACAGUGGAUCAAUCAGCAUCAAGCAAAUGGUUGGAAUAUAGAAGGCACCUUAUUACGGCUUCAAAUUUUGGACUUAUAAUUUGUUUACGAGCUGAUACACGAUGUGAAAAUGUUGUAAAAAGUAUGUUGUACUCAUCAAACGUCGAUUGUAAAGCAAUGGAAUAUGGACGGGAACAUGAACAAGAGGCAAAGUUACAAUUGGAAACAGUUUUGGGUGUAAGUAUUAGUGAAUGUGGUUUAUUUAUAGACACAAAAAAUCAUUUCUUAGGAGCAACACCUGAUGGACUAAUAGGUAAUGACACAUUGGUUGAAAUUAAGUGUCCUAUAUCUGCUGCAUAUAUAACGCCUGAGGAAGGGAUACGCCAAAGAAAAAUUACUCUAUGGAAAAUAAAUAAAGAUAAAGAUAUUAUAGGAAUAAAUACUCAUCAUAAAUACUAUUACCAAAUCCAAGGACAGUUGCAUGUGACAGGCCGAACAUUUGGAAUUAUGGUGUAUUGGACAAAAAAAAGGUAUUAA